CUUGUCAAACAAAACCGUCCCAGAAUGAAAUCUUUCUUUUCCAUUUUCCUUCUAAUGUUUCUAACAAAAUUCACUUCAAGUACUUUGGAAGAACCCUCGAAUGCGUGCAACGGCCGGAUUAUCGGAGGCUACCAAGCGGACAUCUCGCAGAUCCCGUUCCAGGUGGCACUGAACUUAAAUCGUGGUCCCAGCUGUGGAGGAUCGUUGAUAUCCAGUCGCUGGGUUCUUACGGCAGCCCAUUGCGUACAAAGACUAGGUACCACGAAUGAGCUUCAAGUGAGGAUCAACUCCACGUACGGGUUGGCACAUGGCCGCGUAGUUGACAUUGAAUCAUUUGUAAUGCAUCCAAAGUACAACCCAUUAUCGAUUGACUAUGAUUUUGCACUUUUGGAGCUUGAAGAGGAGAUCGAACUGGGUGAGGAGUUUUACGCUGCGGAAUUGCCCAAGCAGGAUGAACCGGUCGAGGACGGAACAUGUCUGCAGGUUUCCGGCUGGGGUAAAACGGAGAACGAAGAUUAUGGUUCUGAAGAUUAACGGCUAAUCAAUAUUCCGGUUGUGAAUUGGGAGAAGUGUCGCAAAACGUUCAGAAAAAUUCAUUAUCUGUCCAAACAGAUGAUCUGUGCUGGUGGCAAACAAAUUUCGGCUUGCCAUGGAGAUUCCGGAGGUCCACUGGUAGAUGGCAGAAAGUUGGUCGGAGUGGUUUCAUGGGGCAACCCAGGAGUCUGUGUUGGAUAUCCAGGAGUUUUCGCCAAGGUCUCAUCCGUUCGAAGCUGGAUUAAAUUCGUCAGUGAAGUUUAAUACCCAAGUAACAAUUGGCCCAAUAAAGAAAACUCCAAUU